CCCACCGGGUCAUCGCCACAAAAGCCCAUUUGACACCGGGACUCCCCAUCUCCAUUCUCCUCGCCUCCUCGCCCAUUCCUUCCGCCUCCCUCCCCGCGCCGCCGCUCGCCGGAGCCCCGCGUCUCCGCCCCAGCCUCGCCGCGCCGCGUCCUGUAGCAAAAAUGACGGCUGGCUACAUUGUUGGCUCACUGGUCGGAUCCUUUGCCAUUGCAUACCUGUGUGACACAUUUGUUUCUGACAAGAAGGCUUUUGGAGGUUCCACCCCCAAGACUGUCUCUGAGAAGGAGUGGUGGCAGGCCACAGACACCAAGUUCCAGGCCUGGCCUCGCACUGCUGGGCCACCGGUUGUCAUGAACCCCAUCAGCCGCCAGAACUUCAUCGUCAAGUCCACUGAGUAGGCUGGAGAAGUUGGUUCAGCAACGUGUUGCCACCAUGAAGCUAAAGUUCCUUUUCUAGGUCUUAAUUGAUUGUAAUAAAACGAACUACAGUCAGGCUUUUUGUGAUUUUCACUCCCAUCUGUGAACAAACACUGGGGCUUUCAGCUUACUUGUCAUUCAAUGGGUUCUGUUCCUUGGUGAAAUUUCCCGCCAGGCAGUAAAGAAUUGCAACGUUUUCUAUAAUAUAUGCUUUUGCUAUUUUGCUAUGCA